GUAAUAAACCUCUGAUCAGUGUGUAAUCUCUCACAUGGAGUGACAGCAGAAACAUAUUCAUCUGACAGUCACACUUGAGUCCCGCUGUCUUCUGAAACAGGUUGUAGGUGCUGCUGAUGUUCACUGCUCUGACUGAAAACACACAUGGCCAUGAAAAACUGGACGGCAGGAACGCAGUGCGUCGCUAAAAAGGACCACUGCAAACCCAAAGAUGGUGAAAUCUCGUAUCACAAAGGCGACAUCUUGACUCUCGUGGGGCCUGGAAUGAGAAAAGGAGAAUACACUGCCAGACACAACACAACAGGGGAGGAAGGACAGGUUUCAGGCUCCAAUCUCAGAGAAAGAGAAGCGCUGCGUAUAGACCCAAAACUGAGCCUCAUGCCAUGGUUUCAUGGCAAAAUAGCCGGACAGCAAGCCGUGGACAAACUCAAGCCCACGGAAGACGGGCUUUUCUUGGUGCGGGAAUCGGUUCGGCAUCCUGGAGACUUCGUGCUGUGCGUUUGCUUCAGUCAGAAAGUGUUUCACUAUCGCGUGAUCUACCAGGACAAUAAACUGACCAUCGACAACAUGCAGUUCUUCGACAACCUCAUCGACAUGAUUGAGUUUUACAGCAGAAAUCGAGGCGCCAUCGCUACAUUAUUACUAAAACCCAAGAAGAAGGAAGGCCUGAAAUCUGCCGAGACCAAGCUGCUGAAAUCCGGGUGGCUUCUUGAUCUCUCAAAGCUGACGUUAGGAGAAAUCAUCGGGGAAGGAGAGUUCGGUGCGGUGUUUGCAGGUGAAUACACCGGACAGCGAGUUGCAGUUAAAAUCAUCAAAUGUGAUGUGACGGCGCAGGCUUUCCUCGAGGAGACUUCAGUCAUGACAAACCUCCAUCAUAAGAAUCUGGUGCCGUUAUUAGGAGUUAUUCUGCAUAACGGGCUUCAUAUAGUCACAGAGUUAAUGACGAAGGGGAAUCUGGUGAAUUUUCUUCGUUCACGAGGACGUUUCGCUGUUAGUGUGAUUCAGCUGCUGCGAUUCGCAUUAGAUGUAUGUGAAGGAAUGGAGCACCUGGAGUCAAAGAAGCUCCUGCAUCGAGAUCUGGCUGGACGCAACAUUCUCGUCUCUGAAGACGGUGUCGCCAAAAUCAGUGAUUUCGGUUUGGCGAGGGUCGGUUCAAUGGCGGUCGACAACUCAAAGUUACCCGUGAAGUGGACAGCACCAGAAGCCUUGAAGAAUAAAAAAUUCUCCACUCAGUCAGACGUCUGGAGUUACGGAGUGCUUUUAUGGGAAAUCUUCUCAUACGGCAGACAACCGUAUCCCAAAAUGACUGUGAAUGAGGUGAAGGAGUGUGUGGAAAAGGGUUACCGGAUGGAUCCUCCAGACGAGUGUCCCGCAGACGUUUACAGCAUCAUGACGUCCUGCUGGCAGACGGAGCCCAAGAAGAGGCCGUCGUUCCACAAACUGCGAGAGCGACUGGAGAAAGAGCUGAAACUGCACACAUGAGGUUUACCCAACGCUCAGGCUGCGUGUCCACGCAAGCGCAAUGCUAAUAAUGCGUAGCUGUGAACGUGUUUUGCAGCACAUUGCUGGCUGUUAAUAUACAGAGUAACCUGCGCUGUACCGUUAAAAGUUGAAAGUCUUUAGCAGAUUAUUUAUUUAUUGUUUCGCCCCACCUCCACUGUGAUUGGACGGCUAGCUCAAAAGAGACACUGAUAUGCACUGAUAUAAGCGCCCGCUCAGUGCAUCACUACGCUGAAAAAUGCAAAGCUAGCAUUGACAACAACAGAAAACAGUCAACUUCGGUGGACGUACAGCCUCACUUUUACUUCGUUCUUUUGUAAACGCACAUUAUAUUUAUGUGUUAGGUUUGAUUUUAUGGCUUUUGGUUGAUUGGGUGAAUUUCUGGAAAGCGUGUUCAGGCACUUCAUCACACAAUCAAAAGUAUAAUCGGGAUUUUGCAUGAAAGUUAAGCCUAUUUUAGGAUAAUACAUUCCUUUGUUGUAUUUUCUUGACAAUUAAGAAGACUUUAACUCUUGACUAGUGUUGUCACGGUACUGGCAUUCAGUACCAAUCGCUACUGAAAUUUUAAAAACGUCCAUUUCCUGCUAACAUUUGAGCACGUUCUUAAACAGCACUGAUUUG